GUGGUUUUACCCUUUGCAGGAGCACAACCAGUGAGCUAAAACAAACUGCUUCCGGGUUACCCGAAUUUGCUUCCUCGCGCGGAACACUGUACCUAGCCGGUUGUAAGGAAACUAGCUAAAUAUACGCUGUUAUUUUAAAUCUGUGUUUGUUCAUCAUGUCUAAAAGACACCGUUUAGAUUUGGGUGACGACUACUCCAAUAAAAAGAGAUCUGAUGGGAAAGACAGAGAUCGCGACAGGGACCGUGACGAGCGCUCUAAAGACAGGGAGAGGGACAGGGACCGUGACAGAGAUCGGGACCGGGACCGAGAUAGGGACGUGAAGCCCUCUGUCGUGCCCCCCAACACAAUGAUGGCCGGGGGAGGCAUGCUUCCUCUCAAGCAGACAGCCAUGCAGCAGCAGAUCAACCCGUUCACAAACCUGCCCCACACGCCGCGCUACUAUGAGAUCUUGAAGAAGAGGCUGCAGCUGCCUGUGUGGGAGUACAAGGAGCGCUUCAACGACAUCCUGGCACGCCACCAGAGCUUUGUGCUUGUCGGAGAGACGGGCUCCGGGAAAACCACACAGAUCCCCCAAUGGUGUGUGGACAUGGUGAAGGGCUUGGGUGGCCCCAAGAAGGCGGUGGCCUGUACCCAGCCCAGAAGGGUGGCAGCCAUGAGCGUGGCCCAAAGGGUGGCCGACGAGAUGGAUGUCAUGCUGGGCCAGGAGGUGGGCUACUCCAUACGAUUCGAGGACUGCAGCUCCGCCAAGACCAUACUGAAGUAUAUGACAGACGGUAUGUUGCUUCGGGAAGCCAUGAACGACCCCUUGCUGGAGCGGUAUGGCGUGAUCAUCCUGGAUGAGGCCCACGAGAGAACGCUGGCCACGGACAUCCUAAUGGGAGUACUGAAGGAGGUGGUCCGACAGAGGUCAGACCUCAAGGUGAUUGUGAUGAGUGCCACGUUAGACGCCGGGAAGUUCCAAGUGUACUUUGACAGCUGUCCGCUGCUGACCAUUCCCGGACGCACACACCCCGUGGAGAUCUUCUACACCCCUGAGCCGGAGCGGGACUACCUGGAAGCCGCCAUCCGCACGGUCGUUCAGAUCCACAUGUGUGAGGAAGAGGAGGGGGACUGUCUGCUUUUCCUCACCGGACAAGAGGAAAUUGACGAGGCCUGUAAACGGAUCAAACGGGAGAUCGACGACUUGGGACCUGAAGUCGGAGACAUCAAAGUCAUUCCACUAUAUUCCACACUGCCUCCCCAGCAGCAACAAAGAAUCUUUGAGGCAGCACCCCCCAGGAAGCCCAGCGGUGCGAUAGGAAGAAAGGUUGUGGUUUCGACAAACAUUGCUGAGACAUCCCUUACCAUCGACGGAGUGGUGUUUGUGAUCGAUCCCGGUUUUGCCAAGCAAAAGGUGUACAAUCCUCGUAUCAGGGUGGAGUCUCUCCUGGUCACGGCGAUCAGCAAAGCCUCGGCGCAGCAGAGGGCGGGCCGUGCCGGCAGGACACGGCCAGGGAAGACUUUCCGCCUCUACACUGAGAAAGCCUACAAGACCGAGAUGCAGGACAACACGUAUCCUGAGAUUCUCCGGUCCAACUUGGGUUCUGUCGUGUUGCAGUUGAAGAAGCUGGGUAUCGAUGACCUGGUGCACUUUGACUUCAUGGACCCACCAGCCCCGGAGACCCUGAUGCGGGCGCUGGAGCUGCUCAACUACCUGGCGGCGCUCAACGACGACGGCGACCUGACAGAGCUGGGCUCCAUGAUGGCAGAGUUCCCAUUGGACCCACAGCUGGCCAAGAUGGUGAUCGCCAGCUGCGAGUUCAACUGCUCCAACGAGAUCCUCUCCAUCACCGCCAUGCUGUCAGACCACGAGUCUACACAGUGGUGCUACGACAACUUUGUGAACUACCGUUCGCUGAUGUCGGCCGACAACGUGCGCUCGCAGCUGUCCCGGAUCAUGGACCGCUUCAACCUGCCCCGCCGCAGCACCGAAUUCACCAGCAGAGACUACUACAUCAACAUCCGCCGAGCGCUCGUCACAGGCUUUUUCAUGCAGGUGGCUCAUUUGGAGCGCACGGGCCAUUAUCUCACAGUCAAGGACAACCAGGUGGUCCAGCUACACCCGUCUACUGUCCUGGACCACAAGCCAGAGUGGGUGCUCUACAAUGAGUUUGUCCUCACAACCAAGAACUACAUUCGCACCUGCUCGGAUAUCAAACCGGAAUGGCUGGUGAAGGUUGCUCCUCAGUACUACGAAAUGGGCAACUUCCCACAGUGUGAAGCCAAGAGGCAGUUGGAGCGAAUCGUUGCCAAACUCCAGACCAAGGAGUAUUCCCAGUACUGAUUAACAGCGACUGAAGAGAGGAAGACAUCCUUGAAAGAGCUUGGCACAAUUCAUACUUUAAAGUUGUAUCCUAUCUUCAAUCUUAAUGUUUCUUGAUUCAAGAUAUGAUUUUUAUAACUUUUUUGUUUGUGGUUUUUCUGUCCAUUCAAUAGCAACGUGUAUAACUGUAAGCAUUUAUGAAAUUGAUCUCAAUGGUGAAUAUUAGGCUAUUCUGAUUAGAGAUUUUCGAAAAGGAAUACAAUUAACAUGUUAAGCAUGAGUAUUCAUGUGGAUAUUGUUGAUGUUCCUCUAGGAAAUUGUGAACCCUGAGAAAGUGUACUUGCCUAGGUUGUCCUUGUUUCUUCAAUAAAGGAGCUUCGACUUGAAUAAAA